AUGUGCUAUUUUUGGCUACUGAGUACAUUUCAAGUAACGUCAUCCUUCCCAAGCCAACACUGGUAUGAAGGGCGGAAACUCUGCUUUCCACUCCCUUGUCAUUUGCUGCUGCUCCCAUCUGCUCAGUGGCACUGCCUGCUCAGUAUUCACUGCAGAGGGAUCUAGAUGCUUUCCCCGAUCCUUCUCAUCUUCUUGAGCGGGUGGCUUUCUAACUGAAGCUUCGUGUGGAAGGCUUCAUGUUGGCAUCCAGGGUACAUGUCCCAAAUAUGUCCAGCCCCACCUUCUGAUCCUAGUGGAGAGGAGUUGCUGACAGAUGACAGUAGCUAUCCUCCUUCAAUACUGAGGAAAAGGCCACCUGUGGAUCAAGCUGUGGGGGAAAAGCGGAAACCAGAGAGAAGGGUUCGAUUUUGUGAGCCAGAAGAGGUCACUGAAUAUGCCAUUUCCUGCUGUGACUACGUAGUGGUAGAUGACAGAUCAUCAUCUGGAUUGCCUGUGCUCCUGUGGCUCUCAUUUUGUGCAGUGCUGAUCCUUGCUGUGAGUCUCUACUACACCAGCAUGAAGCAAGAUGUCAAAGUCUUGGAAGAAUUUCAAUCCCGACUUGUUAUCUUCUUUCUUCAGAUAAGACAUGUUGCUCAGAAAUGCUGGACUUGGUUUACGAGGCAGUAG